AUGUCGUUGUCUGUCAUCAAUGAUACCGAUAGAUCUCAUUCUACCAGCUCAACACAGUCUGUCAAGUCAGAGAUCGACCAUACCGAUCCGGCAUCGAAACCACAAUCGCAACUACAACCCCAAUCACCAUCAGAUAAUGCACCUUGUCAAUUUUCAGCAUUUUAUCGAUGGUUUAUACUUUUCAUCAUUGCUUUGCAAGGCUUUUUAGGCCCAUUGAGCAGUUCAAUUUAUAUACCAGCUAUUUACCGCGUGAAGAAAGAUUUCAACGUAUCUACUACUGGCAUCAAUGCAACCAUAUCCAUCUACAUUUAUAUACUAGGAGUGGCGCCAAUGAUCUGGGCUGUUAUUUCUGAGAGGCACAGUCGGCGACGAGUCUACAUUAUAUCGACAGCGAUGUAUGUGGUCUCUACUUUAGGGUGUGCGGCUUCUAAAAGUAUUGGCCUUUUUGUCACUAUGCGAAUAUUUCAAGCUGCUGGUGCAAGUGCUGCUCAGGCAGUCGGCGCAGGCACCAUCAUUGACCUAUUUCAAGUGCAUGACCGAGGCAAAGCGAUGGGACUUUUUUUUCUAGGACCCUUGGUGGGCCCUGUUAUCGGUCCUAUUGCGGGCGGUUACAUUAGUCAAUAUUUUCAUUGGCGAGACAUAUUUUGGAGCCUUGCCGCUGUCGGUGGAUUCGUACUUUUGCUCAUGAUCUGUUUCCUUCCCGAGACAGGCACUCGAUCAGUGAAAAUCGAUGAAAGUGCUAUCAAAGCGAUGCUGCGUCCUUUAAGCUUUUUGUUAGAGAAAAUCGUGGUGUUAGCCAGUAUACCUUACGCGAUUGCUUUCGGCUUCAUGUAUUUUGUUAUUGCAUCGUUGUCACAUGAACUCAUCACGCGGUAUCAUUUCACCAGCUCGCAAGUCGGUCUGGCUUACCUCGCCAACGGAACCGGCAAUGCCAUCGGCGCAAUGGUAUCUGGAAAAUGCGCCGACUGGAUUUUACGGCGAAAUAGCGAUCAGCGUUCAUAUGUCAUUGAACAUCGAUUAUCGGUGACAUGGCUAGGCGUUGUGUUGCUUUGUGCAGGCGAGCUCAUGUAUGGCUGGUGCGUUCAACUGCAGCUGAGUGUGGUGGCCGUGUUAGCGGGACUUUUCCUUUUGGGACUUGGUGUAGGCAUUAUUCAAACACCUAGCAACACAUAUGUAAUGGAUGCUUACGAGGGACAUGCGGCCAGUGCCAUGAGCGCUUCGAACCUUAUGCGUUGUACGUGGGCCGGCUGCACACCACUGAUGGCACCUUUUAUGCUUCAUCGCAUGGGCAAUGGCUGGUCCUUGACCGUAAUAGCAAGCGUAAGCGCAUUGAGUGGCAUCUGUAUCUUCCUCGUCCAACAUUUUGGUCAUCGAUGGCGAAACGCCAAAUGCCAUCCGCUUCCAUAAACUGGCGUCCAAUAUUUG